AUGGUAAUCCCUAAUUCAACACAGWUUAUGAGAGACACUUUCCUAAUGGSASUAUUGACGAASCAGGACAAAAUGAUAAGCGAGCUCAAGGAAAAGUUAAAUAACUUAAACAAUAACGAUAAGGAAUCCCAAUUAACUAAGCUCCAAAACAUUACCAAAGAAGUGCUGGCACUUCGCAACAAGCAAAACGACUUCACCACGACCCUAGAUGACUUAAAGUCAAAAGAUAAAUCCACAGGCACUCAGAUAAAAGCGCUCGACCACAAGGUCAAUGGAUUGUCAGUAAACGUUACCUUCUUAAGCUUAAAUGACUCUUUGUACAAAUCAGAAGUAAGCAAUCUAAUUCAGUCCGACUUUCUGACGAAGAAGGAACUGGCUGCCCUUAAGAAGAAGGACGCGGACUUGGAUUUGACGRUCAAGGGACUAGAGACUACUGAUGUCGGUUUCAUUGCUAGUUUCAGUGGACUGAAAAAGUUCGAUGAAGAUGUGAAGACGAACUUGAGCAUUAUGAGUUCAAAUGUAGCAUCCAAGAUCCAAGAAAUCACAGAAAUGGUGAAUAAGCUAAAUCAAACUGGCGGUAAACCGGGUCCUCCAGGGCCUCCAGGGCCUCCAGGGCCUCAAGGACAGGUGGGGCCCGCCGGGCCAAAAGGAGAUUCUGGAUCAGGAGCAAAUUUUUCUAGAUGUGUACACAAACAUGAUGAAAAACCCGGUGCUAAAGGAAGUAAUUCACUGGUCUAUGUCACAGUUACUAUUGAUAAGRCUGAAGUUGUUACUGGAGUCACGUGUUCCACUGAAGGAGGAGACGAAACAAACCUCGAAGUUGUUAGAAAUUCAACGGUAUACGUUUGUAACUGCAGCGGCAAAUCUUCAUCUUCAGCCGGUAAAUCAGGCGGAAGCAUCAAAUGCAGAAUUGACUACUGGGUGUGCCCGAGGACUUGAUAAAAGUGACGUCACUUAAGAAUGACAAUAUUAACGUGGCUUCAAAGCGAGGCUAAAGAGCAAUCAAACCGAGGCGGCGCGCCAAAUAAAAGCGCUUUAGACGUACAGUUCUUGACAGCUGUGAAUUAAGAUAUGGGAACAUUUGSUAUUCACACUUAUAAGGAAGAACAUGGAAAUUCGCCGUUUUAUCCAGUUUAGUCCAGUUUUCUUCAAUCCACAUUGGUUCCYUAUAUCCACGAGUUAGCUAWUGUCGUCACAAACGAAUCCACAAGUAUGCAMAUUACUCUUACCUAGAUUUAUGAUAUUAUAUAUUUCCAAUGCAUUGUCGUUGAUCUAAACCUUGUAUCCUCAAUAUGAGGAAAUGAUUGAAACUUAACAAAUAUUAUUAAGUAGGAAAUGAAAA